UUCCUCCAAUAUGUUGUUGUGGUUGUUUUAGUGAGAUAGAUCGCGGUCACCCAGGCCAGGGGCGCUUUCUUUUUGUCCAUUCCUUCCCUCCUUCCUCAGGGACCUCAACUCUCUCUCUCUCUCUCUCUCUAGAUAUGCAUAAAUGUCUUGUUCCAACUUGCAUCCCCCACCCCGCCGUUUACAGGCAGGCAAGGCAGAGGCCGCCAGCUAGCCUACAAAUGAAUCUGCAAUCAUCUUCUUCAUUUUCACACCUGCACGACUUCUUUAUUGACUCUCAUCAAAUCAGAUCAUAUUCCCUCCUACUGCUAGUAGGAUCAUAUUUCAUAGCAACUAUUUCAUUCAUUCCACAUAACAAACACUCACUCCCUCUUCCAUCUCUGCUCUGCUCUAUUCUAUAUAAGUGACUCAUUCUCACUCAGUUUUCUCCAAUCCACACCAACUUCUUCUUCUUCUUCUUCUUCUUCUUAUUUUCUUCUACGCUGGAAUAACCACAAAGUAUGGUCAGACUUUUCCAUUCAAAUCAACUCCGAGAUUCCCACAACUUCCCUUUCCCUCUCGAUCCUACUCCUAAUCCUCCGUCUUCCCUCUCCUCACAGUCCAGUCUCCAAUCCCUUCCUUCCUUGUCACCCCUCCCUUCUUCCCAGUCCCACCAACCCCCACCCACCCACCACCACUGCUUGGCCACACUCAGAGCCCGCUCCUACAUUUUCUCUCUCGCAAUCGCAGCUAAACGCCUCUACGCUGGCGACUCCGACGGCCAGCUCCGAACAUGGGAUCGAGAUCCCACCUCCUGCAAUGAACACCCCAUUGCAGCCAACCUCAGCGCCGUGAAAUCCAUUGCGGUUGUAGGCGCCAGAAUCUUCACAGCGCACCACGACCACAGAAUUCGCGUAUGGAGAAUUGAUUCCUCACAGCAGCAGAAGCACAGAUUGGUGGCGAUCCUCCCGACGCUGGGCGACCGGUGUUCGCGUCUCUUCUCCGCAAAGAACUACGUCAAAGUCCGGGGGCACAAGAGAUGCACGUGGGUGCAUCACGUGGACGCCGUCUCGGCUCUCGCCGUGACGGCGGACGGGUCGCUGCUGUACUCCGUGUCGUGGGACAGGACGCUCAAAGUGUGGCAGACGUCGAGCUUCAGGUGCCUGGAGUCCGUCCAAAACGCACACGAUGACGCCAUAAACGCCGUGGUGCUGUCCAGGGACGGCACAGUGUACACGGGAUCGGCGGACAAGAAAAUCAAGGUGUGGGUGAGAGUGGCGGGGGAGGGCAAGGGCAAGCACUCCUUGAUUGCGACUCUGGAGAGGCACAAAUCGGCGGUGAACACAUUGGCCUUGAGCAGCGACGGCUCGACGCUCUUCUCGGGCGCCUGCGACCGGUCGAUCAUCGUCUGGGAGAGGGAGACGAACGGCGUCGGCCAUAUGGCGGUGGCGGGGGCGCUGAGGGGGCACACCCAGGCGAUCCUGUGCCUGGCGAUUCAUGCAACUGCGGGGGGCGGGGAUUCCGAUUUGGUGUGCAGUGGGUCGGCGGAUCGGACGGUGAGGAUUUGGCGGAGGGGGGUGAUGGGUGACUACGCGUGUUUGGGAGUGCUGGAAGGGCAUGCGAGUCCGGUCAAGUGUUUGGCUUUGGCGGCGGACUCCGACCCCGACUCGGCCCACGCCCAAGCCCAAGCCCAAUCCUACCUGCUCUACAGCGGCAGCUUGGAUAAGGAAAUUAAGGUCUGGCAAGUUAGGGUCCCUGACUUGCUUGGUGGAUUGAAUUUGAAGUGACUAUGUCUAUACUAUCUGUUGAAGAGGGCCAUUAAUUAAAUUACUCGCACGGCAAAUUAGUCAAUAGACUAUGUAAUAUAUUUUCACAUGUACACGAAUUAUCAUAUGACUUCAA